AUGUUACUUCUUCGGCAGCCGGUUUUGGCUAGAAGGUCUGCCCAUGUGGCCAAAGCGCUAGUGUCGCUGGGAUUCCCCAAGCCCCGCUUGUCAAGCUAUCCUUCACUUUCCAGCGUUCCUCAGUACAGAUACUUCUCUGAGUCGCCCAAGUCUGAGUCAACCAGAUCCACGGUUAUCCAGUUGUUGAAUAAUAUUGGUUCCAAGAGGGAAGUCGAGCAGUACUUGAAGUAUUUCACUUCGGUUUCGUCCCAGCAGUUCGCUGUCAUCAAGGUUGGAGGUGCUAUCAUCACCCAGCAGCUUCCUGAAUUGGCGCUGUGUUUGGCAUUCUUGUACCAUGUUGGUUUGUUUCCGAUUGUGUUGCACGGUACUGGUCCUCAGAUUAACGAGCUUUUGGAGUUUGAAGGUGUUGAGCCUGAGUACAUUGACGGUAUUCGUGUUACCAACCCAAAGACUAUGGAGAUUGUUAGAAAGUGUUUCUUGGAACAGAACUUGAGACUUGUUACUGCUUUAGAGGAGAUGGGCGUCCAUGCUCGUCCAAUUACUACUGGUGUGUUUGGUGCUGAUUACUUGGAGAAGGACAAGUACCAGUUGGUCGGUAAGAUCAACUCGGUCAACAAGUCCCCAGUUGAAGCUGCCAUUGAUUCUGGAUACUUGCCUAUUUUGACUUCCUUGGCUGAAACCCCAUCUGGCCAAUUGUUGAAUGUUAACGCUGAUGUUGCUGCUUCUGAAUUGGCUAGACAGUUUGAACCAUUAAAGAUUGUCUACUUGAACGAGAAGGGCGGUCUUGUCCACGGUCAGACAGGCGAGAAGAUCAGUGCCAUUAACUUGGAUGAGGAAUACGACGAUUUGAUGAAACAGCCAUGGGUCAAGUACGGUACCAAGUUGAAGCUUAAGGAGAUUCAUGACUUGUUGGAGCACUUGCCUAGAUCUUCCUCUGUUGCUAUUAUUGACGUUCACGACUUGCAAAAGGAGUUGUUCACUGACUCUGGUGCUGGUACUUUGAUUAGAAGAGGUUACAAGUUGAUCAACAGAAACUCGUUGAGCGAGUUCUCCAACCCAGACUUGUUGCGUCAAGCCCUUUUGAGAGACCCACUGGUGAAGUCUGGUAAGAUUUCCGUUGCCUCCUACUUGAAGCACUUGGAGAACGUUCCUUUCAGAUCUUAUGGCGAUGGACCUUUGGAGGUUUUGGCUAUUGUCACUGAACAACCUUCUGCUGAUGGUAAUGUGAUUCCUAAGUUGGAUAAGUUCUUGUCUUCUAGAACUGGCUGGCUCAACAAUGUCACCGACAACAUCUUCAACGCCAUGAGAAAGGACUACAAGUCUUUGUACUGGGUCGUCAACGAGAACGAUCCAAACUUGUCUUGGUACUUCUCCAAGUCUGACGGUUCCUUUGCUAAGAACGGUGAACUCUUGUUCUGGUACGGUCUCGACACUGACCAAGCCGGUGAGCUCAUCAGACAAUUUGAUGCCCACAGAGUUGGUGCUGCCAUCUCUACCGAAACCGACUCUGUUUUCUCCACAUCCGUCAAGACUCAAAAGAGAUCUCUCCACACAAGCACAAGAAGAAGAAGCCCUAACUCUACUAGCAACCCUAACCCACCAAGAACUGAACCAACCAACACAAAGAGAGGCAAGGUCGCCCUUAUUGGUGCCAGAGGUUACGUUGGCCAGAACUUGAUUUCCCUCAUUGACAAGCACCCACACUUGGACUUGGCCCUCGUCUCGUCCAGAGAAUUGAACGGCCAGAAACUCGCCGGUUAUAACAAAGCCAACAUCGUUUACUCCAACUUACAAACCGAAGACAUUUUGGAAUUGGAGAAGAACAAGGAAAUUGACGUUUGGGUCAUGGCUCUUCCUAAUGGUGUUUGUAAACCAUUCGUUGAAGCAUUGGAGUCUGUUGAGGGCUCUACUUCCAAAAUCAUUGACUUGUCUGCUGACUACCGUUUCGACACUACUGGCGAAUGGGUUUACGGUUUGCCUGAAUUGAUCGACAGAAGCUUGAUUGCCAAUGCCAGAAAGAUCUCCAACCCAGGCUGUUACGCUACCGCUGCACAAGUUGCCAUUAGCCCGUUGGUGAAGUAUACCGCAGGAACCCCAACCGUUUUUGGUGUUUCUGGUUACUCUGGUGCUGGUACCAAGCCAUCCAAGAAGAACGAUGUCAACUACCUCGCCGACAACUUGGUGCCUUACUCAUUGACUGACCACAUCCACGAGAAGGAGGUCAGCAAGCAGCUUGGUCUUGAUAUUGCUUUCAUUCCACAUGUGGCUCAAUGGUUCCAGGGUAUCUCUGCCACUGUUUCCAUUCCAAUUGAACCUAAGUCUUUGACUGCUAGAGACAUCAGACAGAUCUACCAGGAGCGUUUCGAAGGUGAACAACUUAUUGACGUCACUGGCGAGGCUCCAGUUGUGAAGGAUAUUAGUGGUCAACAUGGCGUUGUUGUCGGUGGUUUCGCUGUCAACUCUGCCGAGAACAGAGUUGUUAUUGUUGCCACUAUCGACAACUUGCUCAAGGGUGCAGCCACCCAGUGCUUGCAGAACAUUAACUUAACCAUGGGUUACGGUGAGUACGACGGUAUUCCAACCCGUGCUGUAUAG